CAUGAUUGGUUGGGGAUUUUAUCUUGGUAACAACCAGGAAUCAUUCAGAGAAGUUUAUUCAGUGUGGAAGUAAAGUAGCAGCCCAAAAAUGCCGAGUCAAGAGGUAGUGACAACAAAAGUAGUGGUACAUCCCUUGGUACUACUCAGUGUAGUGGAUCAUUAUAAUCGGAUGGGAAAAAUUGGUAAUCAGAAAAGGGUUGUUGGUGUACUUCUUGGAUGUUGGAGGCCCAAAGGUGUCUUGGAUGUAUCAAACAGCUUUGCAGUACCCUUUGAUGAGGAUGACAAAGACAAAAGCGUAUGGUUCCUCGACCAUGAUUAUUUGGAAAACAUGUAUGGGAUGUUCAAAAAAGUUAAUGCCCGUGAAAAGGUAGUGGGCUGGUAUCACACUGGGCCUAAACUACAUCAGAAUGAUGUUGCUAUUAAUGAACUGAUUAGGAGAUAUUGUCCUAACUCUGUGCUGGUUAUUAUUGAUGCUAAACCCAAAGAUCUUGGUUUACCGACUGAAGCUUAUCAAGCUGUUGAAGAAGUUCACGAUGAUGGUUCACCAACAUCUAAAACUUUUGAACACAUACCUAGUGAAAUUGGUGCAGAGGAAGCUGAGGAGGUAGGUGUAGAGCAUUUGCUCAGAGACAUAAAGGACACCACUGUUGGUACCCUUAGCCAGAGAAUUACGAAUCAAUUAUUAGGUCUGAAGGGUCUUCACGAACAAAUUAGGGAGAUUAGAGAUUAUUUGCUCCAAGUUGGGAGUGGUAAACUGCCAAUAAAUCAUCAGAUUGUUUACCAACUUCAGGACAUUUUCAAUCUUUUGCCUGAUAUGACUCAGAGCAAAUUUGUUGACUCACUGUACGUGAAAACAAACGAUCAGAUGUUAGUAGUGUAUCUUGCCGCAUUGGUCAGAUCCAUAGUGGCCCUUCACAAUUUGAUCAAUAAUAAAUUAACCAAUCGUGACGCCGAGAAGAAAGAAGCAGAUAAGAAGGAGACGAAAAAGGAUGAGAAGAAAGAAGAGGAGAAGAAGGAUGAGAAAGAGAAGGCUAAAACCAAGAGCCAAUGAGCCUAGCGUAAUCGGGACUAAUACGCGCGAUUGAGACUGUUGAUCGAAACGAAAGUUCACCAAACUCGCGAAGUUUGUCUAUACAUGUACAAAUGUAUUCUGUGUUUUAAGACGGUCGACAUUUCGAGCUAACACCAAAAAGAAAACAGACAAGAAUUAUUCUCCCUUGAAGUGUUCCAGGAUAGUAAACUUUCGAGGGAUCUCACCUUGCAUUAGAUAAAGGGUAUGAUAGUAGGAACGCAGUUAUUCAGAUCCCGCAACUUCGAUCUGGUAAACAGCCCGCAAUUACGCGAAAUUACAUGUUUGCCGAGCAUCUUAUCUCCCUGUUAGGAAUAAGCGACUGCUUCAAACUACCCAUAACUUUUAUGUAAUGCACAUAUCUGACGACGCCAGAUAACAUUCUCACACCAUAGACAGUGUAACACCAUUGCAAACAUGUUUUUCUAAAGAACUUGAGCUUUCAUAAGUAACACACACUGCGUUGUUAAUAAAAAGAGACAAAAAAAAGAGGGAAGAAACGAAAAAAAGAAUAUCGAUCAUUCGUACAUAUGACUUUAUUUAUUCUUCGUUAAUACUCUGCGAAGGCCAUGAUGAACGGCUCACUUUGUAUCAUACGGAGCACCGCGCGAAUCGUACGCGCGGGGCAUUGAAACUGUGUACCGUAAAACAGCAUUUCGUCAUGCUUGUACCUGUACGAUACAUAAUUUGAGAUACACGCUGUUUUUUCAUUAA